AUGCUCCGCGUCAUCCCAUUCCCACCACCCCCCCGCUCCAUGGUCCAGACUGACAGAAUGAACGGGCACCACCCGCUGCACACCCCGUCCGCCCCUGCAGCAAACGCCCAAAAAGCACCGCAGCAGCAGCAACCCCUCGCGACCCCCGCAACCGUAGCACGUGUCUAUCGCACCUGUACCAACCUCUUUCUCACGCGGCGGCUGCCCGAUGCCCUCGCGACCCUGCAACCCAUCAUCGCGGACUCGGUAUCUCCGCGCGUAAAGUGCUCGCGCGCGCUACGGACAAAGGUGUGGAGUCUGUACUUUGCGAUUCUCGAUGCGGCCGCAAAGAUGGGCGCCGAGGAGGGGAAGAAGGUUUGGGGCGCUGCUGAGUGGAGGAAGAUUCUUGCGAGAGUGCGCAGUGGUGCCGUGUGGGACGAAGCCAUUGCGACAUAUGGCGGGGAGGGACGGGUCGAUGCUGAGGUGGUGAACGCGCUAGUAACUCUACUAUUGGCACACUCACAGGACCAAUCGGUAACCCAGAAGAAGAUCGAGGCCUAUCUCUCCGCUGCCCCCAACACUAUUGGCACGGAUGACGAUCCAAAGGGCAUCUCGCAGCGUGUCAAGCUCGUAGAGCUCUAUAUUCUACAUGUCAUUCCACGAGUCGGAGACUGGGACUACGCUCGGGAAUUCACAAACACCUCACCAGAUCUCGAUGAUGAACAAAAAGAUCUAUUCCAAGCAACCCUAGACCAGCUCCAAAAAGAUUCUGAAGAAGCCGAACGCUACUCCCAAGAGCUCGCUGCACGGCGUGAGGCACAAUGGGAGCACGAUCGCCAACAAGAACUCGCCGAUGAGGCUAUCAGCGUCCACUCGCCAGCCCCCUCUGUAGCAGGGUCUCGCGCCGGAUCUGUAGUUACAACAACUAGGCGUACCUCUACAACUACUGUUCGCCCACCAAGGAGAGAAGGCAAGCGAAAGACUGCUUCAGUCAACGGCACCACUAAGGAGGGCAAGGUUACUGCCAAUAACAGCAAGGUUACGGCAGCGGCUAAAGCAGACUCAAAGAAUCUCUUUGCGACAACAACGGCGCUACUAAACAGGCUCCAGGCGCAGAUGAACACCGCGCAAGGACGGUUUACCUUAUUGCGAACGGUCAUCAUGCUGGCGAUGGUCGUGUGGAUGACUAGUAAGCGGAGGGUCAGGGAGAGAGUCAGGAGGCUGCUGUUGUUGGCGUGGAUCAAGACCACGAGGACAGUAGGCAUGGGCAUGAAGGUUACUUAUAUUUAG